AUGCUGACUAUUGAUCGACCAUACAAUUUUGGGGACGACUGGCAUUACAACGACCGAACUACACGAUCACCAUGGCCUAUUACUGAUCAGACACUCGAAUGUAUAAUACGCCGUGGUGCAAUUUUACCGGGUGUUGAUCGAAAAAUCGAACUGUUAUUGUAUUUGGGUAUACCAAUAGCCAUAGUUGUAUUUUGGCUAUUCCAAAUUAUUCACUGGAUAUGUUCAAAAUAUUGUUGGAAUGAAGAUGAAAAACAAACUGAAAAUUUACAACAGGAUUCCAAGGAUUUGAAAGAUGUUAUUAUACAUAAAGAUGAACCAGAAGACUUAUCAGUCGUGAUCAAUCACAAAAUGAAACUUCUUGCUACAAUAUAA